UUAUGACUAGAGAAACCAAACUUCUUCUUAAGCGCAAAGUUACAAGUUUGAGACUUUCUUAAAAAAAGUUGGUGACAAUUUUCAGACUUCCUUAAAAAGUGCUAACAAUUGUGCGGGCCUUGACUAUAUGUUUGGUAAAUUUGAAAUUUUGGAGUCUCAUUAUUGUUAAGAUUAGAACCUUAGCAAAGUUAGGUGGAUAGGAAAACUUGCUUACGAACAUGCACGCGUACACACAUGCUCAUGGGUGCACGCUCUCAACCAUAGGUAUAUUUGUAGCAGCCCCCAAUGAUCUUAAAUUUAUACUGACCCAAAUGAACCUGAGCGGGAAGGAUACAUGCAACCUCACAAGAUAUUGAUGUUGGGAAAAGCGAGGAAAGUUUCAGGUCGUGGAGAAGCUGUAGCAGCAAAUUAUGCUUUUGGUCCGGCUGAAGAUGAUGCAAUAAUCAAGCAUAGGCUUCUGACACGUACAACAACCACAAGGGGUGAGCCUCCAUUGAAGAAGCUUCAGAAAAAAUUCACAACCUUUGUCUCUGAGAUCGAAAAGCAAGAAGAUAACUAUAAUGACUGUGAAAAGUUAGCCAAAGCUUUCUUGCAGGAAUUAGCCACAUUCGAGAUUCCACUUCUAAAGAGUAAAGCAAUUGUUGAUGCCAAUAUUAGAGAGAAGGAAAAUUUCAACGAGCUGAAAGAUGAAAUAAAUAGGCAAAUCCUGCAAGCACAGGCUGACAUUGAAGAUCUUAAGAAGCAACUUGAAGAGAGUAAGAUUGAGAGGCAGCACAAGGAGGAAUGUGAAGCUAUUAGGAAAUUGAUUGCCCUGCAGCCACCGAGAUCAGAGACACAGAAGCUUAUAACUGAGUUAGAGAAAGAAAUUAUGGCGUUGGAUGCAGAGAAUACAGCUGGUUCGAGAUUGUUAGAGCUUCGGAAGAAACAAUUUGCUCUUCUUUUGCAUGUGGUGGAUGAGUUGCAGAACACAAUAGAGGAAGAGCAGAAGAAUCUUAUUGAGGAGAUGAGAGCGGCACCUGAAGAGCUCAAGAAUGGGAUAGAAGAUGCAAGUGGGGGUUCGGAAGCUAUGGCUGUUGACUAGCAAGUGAAUUUCAUAUCGGUCCUGCCAUUGUUAGAUUAGUUGCUCUUCGAACAUAUCAUCCCAUAGGGUAUGUGUUUUUCCGUCUCAUUGAGCAGCAACCUCUAUCUGUUGAGCAACAAUUAGGGAUACACUCAUGAAACUUAUGGCACCACCACUCUGGCUGUUAGGUUCGAACCUUCAUUUCUAUGAUAGUUGGGGUUAAGGCCACGUGCUUAAUUUUUGGAUUUGGAUCUUCUGAAGUUGGUGAGGUUCAAUGCAAAAUAUCUGUAUCUUCUGUUCAUCUAUAUAUGCAAUGUACUAGGAACUAGUGCUGUCCUUCUGAUGGAUUAUGAUAGAAGGUAAUACGCUGAGGCUCGAGUUCAAGACCUCAUUUAAGCGGUAUCAAGCCGCUUACCACUUGGA